AUGGACAGAAAAUCUGCUAGAAUAAAAGCAGAGUUAGAAAGAUAUGGUUGGAGAGUUUCGAAGAAGUUUAAAUAUAGGAAGGGAAGACCCAUAAAAGUCUAUGACAAACUGGCUGGUCUGACCUACGAAAUGGACUUGGAAACAGCGCGCGCCAAUUAUCCAAACAGACUAGAAAGGUUAGAAGAAGAACGUCUUAUGGACAUGCCUUUCGAUGUUUCUGAACCUCAAGUUGAAGGACACGACGGCUUUGCCAGAUUCUACUGGAAACACGACGAACAAUUGCAUCCUUUGAGAAGGAAAAAAGGAAAAGGUGAAGACACACAUGCUCCCAUGGAAAGAACAAGAUAUGCAUAUGAGAAGUACCGUGAAGUUAGAAGUCAAAUUACAUCUGGUCGAACCUUUACAGUAAACUUUGACGAAGGAAAGAACAAAGAAGGCUUCAUGGGAGUACUUGCUGCAAUUCAAGAUGGAAAUAAGAAAGGACACAAUCUCAGAUUGACUAUAACAGAUUUGGACGGUCACAUUUACUAUGCACAUGGCAAUGUCACAACAGCCGCACAACUUCUUGACGCUUUCAAGACUACAAAGAGAGAACAAAUGUUUGACUCCGACUCAGACAUUUUGAAUGCAAUUGAAGGAAUUGCAAGUGUAAAAUUUGAAUGGUACCAACCUAACCCUCAAGCAGUCAGACAACAUGUUUGUUAG